AUGAUGGCGCCUCGGAAUCGUCCGAAGCCCCGAAUCACCUGGUGGAUGCGUCUGCGGAGAUUCGUCUACAAUCUCGAGUCACCUCUCCAACUUCGCGGCACCCUCACACGUCUCCGUCACCGGCAUAAACACCCUUUCCUAGCCUUGCUCCGUCUGCUGAUUCCGCUACCGACAUGGCACCUCCGUCUCCCCGCGCCGGUCCCCGUCAAGACCAUGUUGAACAAUGUCCCGCUUCUGCAGUCCCGGAAGGCGGCCGCCGACCUCACUAAUAUGCGCUCUGUACCGCUGUGGCGUGCUCGAGACACACCUCUGCGUGCUCUAUAUCGGAUAUAUGAGGCUGUGGUGGCGCGGGAGUUCUAUGCGAUCGGGUCGGAGGUGGAGUACUUCUGGUACCAGUCGCGUGGGUCGUGGGCAGCGCAUCGGAUACCAGACCCUCAUGACGUGGACCCAGUGCGGUACGCCAUUCUGGCCUGCAUUGCAGAGGAACUGGCGCGAGCGUUCAACUGGCGUAUGAGCUUGGGCAUGCGGCGCGAUAAAAGCAAGCACAUAUACCGGAAAACAUUCGAGGACCCUUUGCCGUCUUUCACUCCGGAGACCCCUCCUAGCUGGACCAGGAGGGUGGCUCCGAUUGAUGUGGACGCGCUGGCCAAUCUGCCGACAGACUUUCUAGACUCGUCGGGCAGACUUGUGCUUGAAGAAGGGGGUGAGAAUCCUAUAUUCGCAGAGAGAAACAUCAUCAUCGACACCGGCCAUUUCUACACUGUUUAG